AUAGGACUAGAACAUUCUCUCAGGAAGCUGUGAGCAAGCAGCAGCAGCAGCAGCAGGCGGCAGAGAGGAAGAACAGGAGGUCGAAGGAGGAGGAAGGAGGAGCAGUAUAAGAUGAGUACAGCUGUGAUGGCUGCGAGCGGCGAAUCGAUGUCUGUCAGCGCGAACACGACGACGGCAUUGACACACUCGCACGGUCAACAGCCAACCGCGGGCAGCAGCAAAGUGACCAAUUCCGCGUUGGAGGCAAUGGAGAGACGUUGGAACAAGAUUGCGGGCAUGGAGAGCGACUUGUUGGUGACGAUCAACGACGUGCAGUUUAACGUUCACAAGUUCCCCUUGUACUCCAAGAGCGAUCGGUUGCGAGAGAUAGCCAAAGAUGAGCCAAGGACAGGAAGGACGACUGCCGACUUGGCGGGUCUUCCAGGAGGCGACCGGAUCUUCGUCCAGGUCGUCAACUAUUGCUAUGGCUUUGACAUCGACGUAUCUCCAUACAACGUAGCGGCCCUUCGAUGCGCAGCGGAGUUCCUUCAAAUGCACGACGAUUCGCAGUCAGGAAUGAGAGAGGGAAACCUGGUUCCUCUGACGGAGAGAGCGCUGGUCAAGUUCUUCGCCGACUGGAAGGAUACCAUAUCCAUCCUCCAUCACUGCCAGCGGUUGAUGCCUGCUGCCUCAGACUGCGGCCUGGUCGAUCGCUGCAUGCUGGAGCUGUGCAAGUUGUGUGUGCUCUUCUCCUCCUCCUCCUCCUCCUCCUCCUCCUCCGUGUUGAGUACAGCAACGGACAGCUCUCCCUCCAAGGUGAGGCCAAACCGCUCCGCCACCCCGGCGGAAGGGAUUCACCUCUCAGAAUCCGUGCUGUCGCUCGACCUGGACUUCUACGCUGACCUGAUUGCUGCUCUGCGACGAGCUGGGAUGCCUGCGCAGGAGAUCGGGAGAUCUAUCGACGCGUACGCAAGGUAUUGGAUUCCUGAAGUAAGUGACGAUUUUGAACACAGUAGAAGGAAUCGUCGCAUUGUCGAGACGCUGGUUUCACUGCUCCCUGUCAGCGAAGGGGAGCCCGCCACCAUCGUCGACGUCUUUUCCAAACCCGAUGCUCUCAUACGUCUGCUCCGAGCUGCGAAGAGUUGUGAUGCUGAGGAAGAGUGCCGUAGACAGCUCAUCGCAACCGCGGGUGUACUGCUGGACCAAGCCGACGUAGAAGAUUUGACCCAUCUAGAAAUGCAUGAGGUCCAGGCCUUGGCCCAGGUUCAUGCGUCCCGAGCCGGCCUCACCGGCAGUGCUGAUCUCUCCCCUACCAAUCACCAGAAGGUAGCCAAAGUGCUGGACGAGUACUUGGAACUCGCGUGCUCUUGCAGAUCGCCCAGCGCCAAUCCAAACAUUGCAAACAACUCCCUCAACUGGCAGACGAUCAAGUCGUUGGCGUCAUCAGUGCCCGCGGAGGCACGAUCAAAUCACGACACUCUGUUCAGAGCCCUCUUGUCCUUCAUCACUCUGAAGAAAGGGACUCUCUCCGAGAAGGGCUUGCUUUCUCUCUUCGAGGUAGUUGAUCCGAGCAAGCUGUCCCACGAGCUGACGGACGAAGUGGCUACUCAUCACAGCCUUCCCCCGACCUUCGUUGCCCGUGCGCUUAUCGCCCAGAAGGAUAACAUGCGCAAAUCUAUCACGGAUUUGGCGAACAGAACGAAAUCGCUGGAAGAGGAACGGAGGAAACUUGAGCAGGAGAAAGUAGAAAUCUCCGCGGACAUAGAACAGCUGCGACGAGAAGUGCAGCUAGCAAAUGACGUCCUGCAACAGACAAGGAGGAGCUUAAGGGGAGGGACCGCAUCUAUCUUCGAGAAAAAUGUUGUCCUGCAGGCACGCGUGAAAGAGAUGUCCGAGGAGAUGGAGGAGCUGGAGAUCAAGAACAAGUCCCUCAAGGAGAGGGAGGAGGAGAAGAAGGAGAGAGUCCAGUCGCGGAGAAAGCGGAGUUCGCCUUGAAGGAGAGCUCAGGAAGAAGUCAGUCGAAGCGGAGUUCACGUGCUAGGAGAGGGAGAAGCCUAGAAGGAAAAGAAUGGUUAAGUGUGGGGUAUGAUCCGACAGCUGGAGCCUGGAGGUGUCGUGCAACUGUAGGGGAAAAAGGUAGUGAGCAAGAUGGGGAAGCUGGAUACGAAGUGAUCUCUAAAAUUCUGAAGGUCACGGAAGAGGAAAAACUGAAAUGGUGGAGGUCCCUGGGGGAGACUCAGGAGAGAGUCAUUAGUUCAUCCUUGAAGGCUUCACUGUCUACGGGAUUCUGAUGCUGGGCUCCCUUAAAAGUGAAAAGCACUCACGUG